AACAGGAAAUGAAAAAGGACUGGCUCUUCGCCCCCCAUUACCGGUACUACGUGCGGGAGAUGAGGAUCCACGCGUACAGCCAGCUGCUGGAGUCCUACCGCUCGCUGACCCUCGGCUACAUGGCGGAGGCGUUCGGAGUCGGGGUGGAGUUCAUUGAUCAGGAACUCUCCAGAUUUAUUGCUGCUGGGAGACUACACUGCAAAAUAGAUAAAGUGAAUGAAAUAGUGGAAACCAACAGACCUGAUAGCAAGAACUGGCAGUACCAAGAAACUAUCAAGAAAGGAGAUCUGCUACUAAACAGAGUUCAGAAACUUUCCAGAGUAAUUAAUAUGUAAAGCCAUAUAACAAAGGAUUUCCUUUAGAGAGAAUUAUUUGGAAUUUGUAUGGCUUACUUCACAAUGUGCGCAGUUCAGCUGUAUAAAAUAAAUACUGCAUUGUUUCUCUUAA